AUGACUGCCCUGAAUCCAAAUGAAAAUAGAAUACCAGAAAAUUGUUUAACUCAUCAACGUGUUGCUUUGAAAGAAAUUAGACUGCAAGAGGAAGAAGGUGCACCAUUUACGGCGAUACGUGAAGCCUCGCUACUGAAAGAACUGAAACACUCAAAUAUUGUAACCCUACACGAUAUUGUACAUACGAGAGAAACGUUAACAUUUGUAUUUGAAUAUGUGAAUACCGAUUUAUCACAAUAUAUGGAAAAGCAUCCCGGUGGUCUGGAUCAUCGUAAUGUACGCUUGUUUCUAUUUCAAUUAUUGCGUGGCCUGUCCUACUGCCAUAAACGCCGUGUACUGCAUCGAGAUGUGAAGCCACAAAAUCUAUUGAUAAGCGAUUGUGGCGAAUUAAAAUUAGCAGAUUUUGGUUUAGCACGAGCGAAAAGUGUUCCAAGUCAUACGUAUUCGCAUGAAGUGGUUACGUUAUGGUACCGUCCACCAGCAAAGUACAAAACAAUUGAUACAAUAGAUGUGUUGGUAACAUUUUGUUAA